AUGAGAGUUUGGAAGCGGGCCUCGGGCGCGGUAAAGGACCAGAACAGCCUGUGGCAAGCCAGCCUGUCCCGGCGCACCGCCCUCCGCAACCCGGACAUCCAGAAGGCUGUCAUCCGCGCCACCACCCACCAGGACCUGACCUUGGACUCCCGUCACGUGGAUCGCGUGUGCGACUGGGUCCGCCUCUCCCCUUCCAAUCUGAAGCCCGUCCUCUGGUCCCUCUCCCGCCGCCUGGAGCGCACCCGCAGCUGGCCCGUCGCCCUCAAGGGCCUCCAUCUCCUCCACAGCCUCCUCAACACCAACAUUCCCUCCGUCCGCCGAAUCGGCCGCCUCCCCUUCGACCUCUCCGCAUUCUACGACGCUCACUCCCGACCCUCCAAGUCCUGGCCCUUCACUUCCUUGGUGCGCGCCUACUUUGCCUUCCUCGACCACAAGUCCAGCGUCGUCUUCCACCACCAUGCAACCGACGGCUUCUCCAUCGGGCACGAGCUCGAUCUGCUCCAGAAGCUCCAGGCGCUGGUGGAUCUGGUGAUGCAGAUCAAGCCCCAGGCCUCGGCCUCCCUCGUCCUCCAAGUCAUGGACACCGUCAUCAUCGAGAUCUAUAGUCUCUAUAGCCAGAUAUGCAGGGGGAUCGCCCUCGUCCUCAUCAACAUCUACUCGGGUGGGAAGGCCGAAGCGUCCACGGCCCUCAGCAUCGUCAAGAAGGCGACUCAACAGGGGGAGGACCUAACCUUCUACUUGGAGUUCUGCCACCAGAUUGGAGUCCUCAAUGUCACCGAGUUCCCAGUCAUCGACCGUAUCCCGGAUGAGGGCAUUCGGGAGCUCGAGCAGAUAAUCAACAACUUUGACGACAAACCCAACGUGCAUCAACUCGAGUUGAUUGUCGUCAGGGAGCCCGAAGAAGCAAUUACAGGUAAUAGUGUUAGUGGGCUGAGGACGAUAAUCACCAAUAAUUGGGAGAAGUUUGACGACGAUUUGGGGGCCAAAAAUCCUUUCGGGACACCUCUUGUUGUGAAGCAGGAGCCACCAGAUUUGAUCACCUUCUUGUAG